AGAUUUUCCGUUAAAAAACAAAGCUGCUAGCCGUUAGCUGCUCGUUCUGCGGAGCUGAAAAAGACGUUUUAUUCGCCGAGUCUUUGUUCUUUAAAAGGCUGAAAUGGCUGAAGUGGAAGAAACUCUGAAGAGGAUUCGGAACCAGAAAGGCGUUCAGGGAAUCAUCAUCGUCAACUCUGAAGGGAUCCCCAUCAAGACGACCCUGGACAACUCGAGCACGGUGCAGUACGCCGCUCUCAUCCACCAGCUGGUGAUGAAGGCCCGGAGCACGGUCCGAGACAUUGACCCGCAGAACGACCUCACCUUCCUGCGAGUCCGGUCCAAGAAGAACGAGAUCAUGAUCGCUCCAGAUAAGGAUUAUUUCUUGAUCGUCAUUCAGAACCCUUCGGUCUGAAGCGGCUGCUCAUCGGAUCAUCUUUAAAUGACCAAACUGGCUUUUUUUGUUUUUGUUAAAUAAAAACCUCCAGAUUCUGAGAAGCUUCUGGACCUUUUCCAGAAUGAGAAGACAAAGAUCUGAGGGUGGAAGAAACGGGACCCGUCUCUGGUUCUGUUCAUGUUUGGGGUUCUCUUCUGUAGAAGUAGGAAACAUGAAGCAGAACCAGCUGAGUUCACGAUUUAUUUAUUUUAUCAUAAAAACGGUUGAAGUGUUGACGAGGUGAGCCUUCUGCUGUUUGUUUGUUUGUUGCUCGUGAAAUAAAACGACAAACAAGUUUGUUGUGUUUGUU